AUGGAGGGUGCUCUCUCUCGUUUGCACGUUUCUUUCUCUGUUGCUCGUUCCUCCGGCAUCCCUCGGCAAAAGAAACCUGUGUUUUCGACGUCAUCUACUCCGGAUGACGGGGUCUCCUGUCGCCAAGCCGGAAAUGUCGCGCAGGGCAAGGCGAGUUCAGCUCAUGUCGAGCGGUCCUCGAGGAAGAAGAUCAGUUCGACAGUGUCCUCUCGCAGAGCUGGUGGAUGUCUCUCGACAGUACCCUUUACAGUGUCUACGUUACGACACUUUCCAACUCAUCGCCAUUUCGAAUUUCGCAGAUAGGGGUGGGAUUUCCAGGUUCCCAGGUCCUCGACAGACCGGUGGGAAUGUUAAUCAUGAGGUUUCUCCCCACAGGGCAGGUGAAAGCUUUCUUCCUCGCUAUGGGUUCUUUCGUCUCUGUGGGUGCUUGAACUCUGUCACAGCUUUUGUUCAACUGCAUCCGUUGGGUCUGCAGCUGCGGCCGUGAGGCUCUUGAGAGUUGAGCAAGGUGGAGCGUUUGCAGACCUCCUUAACGAGAAAGGCAGUCUCUCAGGAGAAAACAGCAUGAGCUAUGUUGAACGAACCCUCGGCUUUCGCACCCAAAGCUUGGACGACAGAGAUAUCAGGCUGGUAUCGUCGGUCUUUUCAAUCCUUCUUCUGGCAUGGAAUUUCUCAGUCCGACACGCCCUUAUUGGCUAGGCCAAGAUCAUGAGGAAGAAAGGUUUUCUUAUGCCAGAGCUACAUUUGAGAGCUGCCAAAAUGUCUGGCAAGGCCGUGGGAAAUUCAAUAAGCAGAAACGUAAAAAAACUAGAAUAAGAACAGAUCAAUAUGAAAUUAAAGUAAGGUUAAUGAUUAGAAAAAACCCAUUCAUUUAAAAAUCGAGAAACAACAGCAGAAGAUACACGGAAGUAGCCAUCGGACCUGUAAUCAUGAUGAACUACUGAUUGCGAGAAUUACGGGAGUAGAUGCUUUUCUUCCUUGAUUGUUUUGACUUUCGUUUGAGGAACUCAUGGUCCACAAAUCAUACGCCAAGGUGGUGUUGUGGGUGCUGAACUUGUGCAGCUUCCAAAGCAGUGUUGAGAAUAGAAUUCUUCAUCGAUGGUGUUAUUCCAUUUUGAUGAUAUAUCAACCGAAAUUCCAUCAUAGUGAUGUAUCUAGUCGCUCUUACGCAGAACCCUUUUUAUUUACUUAUCGCAAGCUUAUGGUUCAUAAAUUUUCAUUCUCUUCUAGUAUGUGCGCAUCAUUUCCUAAUGUUCUUCUUGUUGUAGGUUACAGACAUUGUGGGUGGCGUUGUGCGGUGGAAACGCUUCCUUGAUCAUCUAAUAUCAUCUCUUUGCACUGAGGAUAGGUUAUUCAGAGGCAUGGAACCGCUUCUAUUGCAGGUAUGACUUGAUGAUUUAGCUUUUCUUUCAAAAAGUUAGGGAAAAUUAAAAAAAAAAUUGCUUUAUUGCUAAAUCAUGGCUUCCUGUGUUCUUAGAUUCUCCGAAUUGGUUUCUAUGAGAUCCUCAAACUUGGCAUGCCGGUACAUGCUGUUGUCUAUGAGGUAUGUCUGAUAGUCAUCUACUGUGCACGUACGUUCUCUUCUACACUCUCUGUUGAAUGCGAGCUUUCUGUUGUGUGAACUGAUUGGAAAAAAGAAAAAAGUUCCUAAAAAGGGUGAUUUUAUACUUUUGAUGUUUACUUUUAAUUUUUUGAGGUUUUCCUACUAUCCACUGCAGUAGUGUGAAUUAUCUGACAAUGGAUCUGGCAAGUGUAAGUAAUAAAAUUUAACAAAGGAGUGAAAUUAUUGCAAAGUUGUCAGCUUGAACUGUGGAAUCAGAUUGGAGUAACUAAAAGGACUAAAUCCAAUCCAAAUAUAUUCAAUACUCAUUUGCUUAUUUUUCCUGACAUUUGAUAUACUUUUAAUAAUAUUCGGAUGUUCCACAUGGUUGGUGUUAACAUUUUUUUUUUUUUAUCAUAAUUUUUUUUUCUUGCUCUUUGGUUAUUAUCAUUCAGUCUUGGUAUCUUAAAUAUCACAAUGAAUGUUUUGCAAUUUCAUGUUCAGAAUGUCAAACUUGCGAAAAUUGCUCUAAGGCCUGGCGCAGGCAACCUGGUCAACGGACUGCUGCGGAAGCUAGUUUUACUCAUGGUUUGUUUUUUUUUUUUUGUAUCAUAUGCAUGUUAGCAUGGUCACUCUCCCUGAAGUUGCUUUGACUAGGUUUUUCUUUUAUGCAUCUUUGGAUCCAGGAGAGAGAAGCACUUCCGCUACCAAAGAUAGAGGGUGAUGAUCGAGCACAAGCACGUGCUCUUGCCAUAAUUCAUUCUCACCCUGUCGUAAGCUUACCAUCAUUUCAUGGGUGUAUCGAUUGCUAAAGUCCUUUUCAUGUUCCUCUGGAGAGCGCACAUUCUAAGAAGCUUCCAUCUGUCUUCAGUGGAUGGUGAGAAGGUGGCAGAAAUCUCUUGGUCUAGAGGAAACGGUGAAACUUAUGAAUUGGAAUAACACCGAACCCAGCUUUAGCAUAAGGUUGGAAAAGCAUUUGAGCCGUUCAAUCUCCUGAAUUUAAUUUGUUAUGAACUUGUAUUCGCUGACACCCUGCCCCGUUUGGUCUCGUAGGGUAAACUCUGCCAAGGGCUUUACUAGAGAUGAUCUUGUUAUGCGUCUAGAAUCACUGAAGGUUAGUCGGUUCUCAAUUAUAUUUACGUGUUAUCAGCAGAACCUAUUCGGUUUCUGUAUAGGAUUUUGUCUCUAAUUGUCGGAGAACCCUAUUCUAGUCUUGCGAACUUUAUUGGGGAAUCCUAUACUUUCUCAUAGUUGCGUCAAUCUCUUCCAAUUGUAAAAAAAUAGCUUUUAUACGUGCGCUGAAGUAAAUUAUUACUUUCUAAAACGUCAUUUUACUUGUUAAAAUUUGCGAAGCUUUAAAAGACUAUCUGACCUUUGUCCUUUUCAUUGCUGUUAACCAUCCCCACCCCCACCUCCACCCACCUGCUCACUCUUAGCUCAGGUAUUUGUUGGGAUGCUUGCAUAAAAAUUCUUAAUCAUUCUGUUCUUACCCUUAUUGCCUCAUUUCCUGAUCAAUUUGCUCAUUGUUUUAAUGAAAUGAUUUAAAUGAUUUCUUACCCUGAAAAAUAAACAUGAAAAAGCUUAUUCGUUACUUGUGUAUAAAUCCAUCUUCUUUUGUCCAAAAUGGACCUGAGGUUCAUAAUCUUGUUGGAUUCUAGAUUGUGCCGUAAUUUUUUAAUUUUUUUAUUGACAUCACAGUCUUGUAAGUAGUACAAUGCCACUUUUUCCUCUAAUAAACCAGAUGUUAUUCAAGGGAAUUCUAUGAAGCCAUCCGACAUAUUAGUAGUCUUUGAGAUAUAUUACUCUCGUCGUAGUAAGUUCAUCAGGAUUGGCCUUUAAGACACGUCUGGGCGUCUGAACUCCAACAUUCUUAUCCACUCGUCAAAAUCAUCCAUUCCGCAACCCGCAGUUGCUUUUGUACUUGAUAACCCCGAAUAAUGGAUUCAUACACCGUUCAUUGACCAUAUCUCUAGCAUUUCAAGUUUUUAUCUUACAUAGGUGCCAAGUUUGACGUGCUGAAAGGGUAUGACUUAUGAGAGAAGUUAAAGAUUUUACUGAGAAUAUUUAAGGAAAAAAAUUACUUAUCAAACAAAUUUCUGUAUGACAGUGUCAACUUAGUGAUUUCCAUUUAAAAGUAAUGAUUUUAUCUUGGCUGGAUAUAUAUUUAUGCACAUCUUCUUGAGAGAUGAGUUAAUUUUUCCGCAUUAUUAUUUGACAAGUCAAACUUUUGUUGUUGCUCUUUUGUAAGCAGGUUCCUUUUGAGCUGUCAGAGAACAUGGAUGAUUUUGUUCGCAUCAAAACUGGUAUGCAGGUGCGUACUGCAGCUCUGCUCUGUUAUUUGUGGCUACUGGAAGUAAGUUUACGCAGAUUUGCUGCUUCAAUCGAAGGGUAAAACAAAUAUUAAUUUUUUUAUGAGCUUUGUGAUAUUAGCAUCUAAGUAGCUUUCAUGAUGUAUCUUUGUGGGGCCGAAAGGAUGAACAAGCAAUAUUUUUUGGUAUCUCAAAAUUGUACUCACUUUGACGAAGAUAAUGGUCGCCAUGGGCAAAACCCCUGUCAAAGUCUGGUGUUCUGCAUGUUCUGGUCAAAAUCAUUGGCAUUCUAUCUCAACUGAUUCUCCGUAUACGAUGAAAGCGACGAAGAACUCGAAUGUUUUUUCUUUGACUCGGGGCAUGUUGUGGUGCUUAUUGUUUCUCCAACUCUUCUCUUUUUUCUUAUCUUUUUUCAGACCAUCAUACAAGCGGAUUUGCUAAAAGAAGGCUUAUGUUCUGUUCAAGAUGAAAGUGCAGGUCUAUCAUUUAUUUCUUCAGUUUAGACUGCUUAAACAAGAUAUGAAGAUCUGGUAGAAACAUUAUUAUCGUCAGAUAGAAAUAUUAUUCCUCCGUAAUAUCUUUUAUAUUUUGGUAAGAAGCUAGAAAAUAUCCCUACACCAUGAGAUGGGAUCUGGCCAUCCAUCCCUUGCCCCUGGACCGAUUUUCAUCACCAGAUUCCUGAAAUAAGUGUGUUCAAUCCAGGAAAUGUGUGUUCUGAUCCAGUUAAAUAUUUUGUGCAGGCAUGGUGGUGUCUCUGUUGGACCCACAGCCCGGUCAAACUAUAGUUGACUGUUGUUCUGCACCCGGUGGAAAGGCUCUUUACAUGGCAUCUCUGCUAAGAGGCAAAGGUGAUCUAUAAGUGAAGAAGAUGCUGCAUUUUCCCGCUAAAGUUAUUUUAUUUUCUCAAUACCAAUGUGGAAUAUGAAGAGGAAGAUUUUUUUUUCCUUAUAGUGGAUGAUUUUGGUAAUUGCUAGCUUCUUUCUCUUUCAUUGAUGCUUGCCCCUUUCAUUCAAUUUCUAACUGAUAGCUUUCAUGGCACUGAAGAGGACCGACCACAUUAUUCCCCUCACCAUCUUUCUGGCUCUCAAAUCUGAGGCUAUUGUUAAUAAAAUGAGCUUAGAGGAUACAACUGAAUGAAACUGAUGUCACGUUCAUAUGAUUUGAAAAAGCAUGUUUGCAUCUGAUAUUAGUCUCCGAUUUCUCUAUUUUUCUAGUUUAAAAUUCUAGAAAGAAAUGUAAUCAAAGAUAAAUAGCUUCCCAAGACAAUUCAUUUUGACAGUUCUUGCUUUUCCGUGAUGCUUCAGGCUCAGUGCAUGCAAUUGACAUAAACAAAGGCCGACUGAGAAUACUCGUGGAGACAGCCAGAUCGCACAAUGUCGACAAUGUCAUAAAAACUGUCCAUGCUGACCUUCGUGAAUUUGUUGUAAGUAAUUGUUUAUCUAUCUAUUUGUUUUAUUGGAAAAUAAAACUAAAUAUUACCGUCCCAGUUCUUUCUGGGGAUUAUUCGGGUAAAUGAACGAGGUGGCAUUUCAGGAUAUGAUUAACUUAUCUGUUUUUUUCCUUUUGAGACAUUUCUUCCGCAAGACUAUCCAUCUCUUUGUUGUUAUUGAUCCGGAGGAAGUGGAAGGAUUAACUAAGUGUCCAUUUUCUAUUAUUUAAGCUCAUUAUUUUUUCCCAGGAAAAUAAUUUCAUGGAGUCAGACAAAGUCCUGCUUGAUGCUCCAUGUUCCGGAUUGGGUGUACUCUCCAAGGUAUUGCUCACGUGAUUUGAUAAUCAAUAUUUUAUACCGAAAAAUAUUUAUAAUUGUUUCUCAUUGGGUCUGAUCACUGAUUUUCAAUUCUUUCGGAUGAACAACUGCCAAUGUUCCUUGACAACUUCCUCCAGUAUGACUGCAUUCCUUAACACUACACCACACCAGACCGAUUAAACUAAAUCUCUUCUACCAGAUCUUAUAACACUUCAAACUCCCAGAAAAUAUGAAAUAAUAACGAUAUUAUUUUUCUAAAGUAUUAAUAUUAAUCAUUAUGGCAGAUAGGUGCAUUGACCACGAAGCAAUGACAAUAUGGUCUUUCCAAAUGCGGAAAUAUUUCUAGGAUUUAGAUGGUCAGACUUGAGUUCAUCUAUAAUGCAACUAUGCCAAAGUUUAUCCACCUGGCAUCAUUUAUUUUUUUUUCGCUUCAAUUCAGUGGAGGUAAACCUUUUUGUCAAAAUUCAUGUUUAUUUUAGCAUAUUAAACUUUUUUUUUAUUUACUUUCUCAAGCGAGCAGAUUUGCGCUGGAACAGAAAACUGGAGGAAAUGGACCAGUUGAAGAGAUUACAGGAUGAGCUCCUUGAUGCAGCGGCCAUGUAGGUUUCAUCUGCUUCUCUUCAGUCUCUCUUAUUAGCAUUUAUCUUCAGUGGAAUAAUUGGAUCGCAGUAUUCUGGAAGCCGAUGCUAAGAACAGUAACACAUUAAUAAUUACAAGAAUUAAAUGAAAGGAUGCAUGUACUCUGUUCAUCGCCAAUUGGUUUCAGUUUGAUGACCCAUUUAAUAUGCAUGGACCUGUUUAAUUUUCUGAUGGCAUAUGGGAUAACUAUUGUUUGGCAGCCACGCUCGACAGGUCGGGAAUGAGAAUGGGUUAUCCGUCAUAUGAAAUAAACCUGAUUAGACUCCAAUUGGUUUGUUUAUUUAUUUAUUUGUUUAUUUGGAUGGCCCAAAACAUGAACACCCUCAAAUUGAUGUAGAUGGGGAAGACUGACACGUUGACUCUAAGAAGUUAGCCUUAUUAAAAAUAAUUAAAACAUUAUAAAAAUCCAUCCAAUUUUUAAAGGCUGGUUUGGCUCUGAACCCCCAUAAGGUAAUUUUUCUAAAAUCAUUUCUUAUGAGCUUCUUGGGCUGAUCUUGAAGGUUGGUAAAGCCUGGAGGAGUACUGGUCUACAGUACUUGCUCGAUUGACCCCGAGGAAAAUGAAGACCGAGUCAACGUAUUCCUCAACAGGAAUCCGGUAGGUGCUCAGUUGUUCUUCUGAGAUCAUCAUUCCCCUCCACUUAUGUCGGAGAAAUCCAGGAGUUCUCCGUGGAUUCUGCCGCCAAGUUCGUGCCUUCGGAGUUUGUGACCGACGGGGGAUUCUAUUCCUCAAAUCCGGUGAAGCAUUCCUUGGACGGCUCCUUCGCUGCUCGUCUAGUUCGAAGCUCAGAGCCGGCCGUCUGA